AUGGCAAGUACCAUUGAGGCGCUCGAAGAAUUUGGUACUUGUCUCGAAUCCAUUUGGGCAUAUGAUAUUUCGAAAGUAAACACACGUCCAAAUGAUCAAGCUUAUCGAGAUGCUAAAACUCAUACAAUUUCAGAAGCACUCAAAGUUGAUAUUAAUCUAUUUGAAAUGAAAUCAUGUCUCGCACAAGGAUAUCCAUUUGCAUUCGGUUUACGACUUUAUUCAUCGUUUGAUAAAGCAGCUGAAACAGGUUUAGUACCAAUGGCGAAUACAUCAGAGAGUAAACGAAAGGCGCACGGAAGUCAACCAAGUCAACCACCGUGGGAUAAUAAUCAGUUUUAUCAGCACAACGAUGGAAAUAAUCAGUUUGGACAACAGCCUUGGGGUCAAAAUCAGUUCGGUCAGCAGAAUUGGAAUAACAGUCAGUUUAGUGGAGGAAACAGUCAACUUGAUCAGCAAACUUGGGCGUAUAAUCAGUUUGGGCAACAGAAUUGGAGUACUAAUCAAGCAGGUCUACCAAAUCAACAACAUUGGAAUAAUAGCCAGCCCUAUCAGCCGAUUUAUGGAAACAAUCCACUUGGACAGGAGACUUGGAGUAAUAAUCAAUGGGCUCAGCAAAAUCAGCCUCAAUGGAAUAACAAUCAAUACGGUCAAACUUAUGGAGUUGGCACUUUUCGAGGAGAUACAUUCGGAAAUCAAUACUCUGGUGACUACGGAGGAGGUGAUUCAACAUUUGGCGGUUUCACACAUAAUAAUCCAACUUCGAGAGAUCAUGGAUUUGGUUAA